AUGUCCCACGGACCCGGGCUCGUCCGCACCACGUGCAGCACUGGCGCCCCGCUCGGACCCGGGGCCGGCGCGGGGCUGGCGGGGACGAGCCCCUCGGAGGCGCUGCUGGACCGCGUCUAUCCGCGCACCUACUCGGCCCUGCUGAAAGUGGCGCAGAUGGUUGUUCUGCUGCUCGCCUUCAUCUGUGUGAGGAGCUCUCUGCUUCAGUGGAUCAGCUACAGUGCCUACAGCUACUUUGAAGUGGUGACCAUUUGCAACUUGAUAAUGAUCCUCGCCUUUUACCUGGUCCACCUCUUCCGCCUCGACGGUGUGUUCACCUGUAUCAGCUGGCCCCUGUCGGAAUUUCUGCACUAUUUAAUCGGUACCCUGCUCCUCCUAAUCGCCUCCAUUGUGGCCGCCUCCAAGAGUUCCAACGAGAGCGGACUGGUAGCCGGAGCGGUCUUUGGGUUCAUGGCCACCUUCCUGUGCAUGGCGAGCAUAUGGCUGUCCUACAAGUUCUCGUGUGUCACCCAGUCCACAGACGCAGCUGUCUGACUGCCACAGGCUCCGCCAUUGGAAGGCUCUGCGGAACACUCGGCCCAACUGACCUGCUCCCGGGGCCAGGGACCCCAGAAAGACUUCUGAGCCUGUGCUCCUGCUUGGUGCCAAAGUCCCGCCCCGGUGGGCAAGAAGGGAGCCUUCGUCUUGCUCUGGGACCCCUGAAUAUUUCUUCAGUCCUCCUUGGAAAACAUUCCUUCCCUCUGGGAAAGAAAUGCAGCAUCCAGGGAAGUCUGGCCUCUCCCUCCUGCUUGUAGAAGUGCCUCAGGGACGAUGACUCACUUACCACCAGGGGGGGCUUUCUGAAUUCCCCCCCAAUGGUUUGCUACUUCACAUUUCUCAGGAGAGAGAAGCCACUUCCUCAGAUUUCUCUAAAUUGGAUACUGGGCCGGGAAGCUCCCCUCUUUCAGAGGUGAGGCACUGGAAGAAGCACCGUGUGGUCAGCCCAUUCCCAAAUCUCCCUCUCUCUGUCUUGUUAUUGUGUGUGUGUGUAUUUUUAAAUAAAAUAUUGACUUGGCUAAUUGCUGAGGACUGUCUUAU